AUGAAGAUCCUCUACAUUGGCGUCCUCAAGAACGAGCAGAAGCCUGCCGUCGAGCUCUGCUCCGAGGCCGAGCUUAGCAGCUACUCCCGCUUCACCCGUACGAGUGUCGGAGAGUUCAUGACUCUGUUCAGCAAGACCGUAGCCGAGAGGACAAAACCAGGCCAGCGUCAGGAUAUUGAGGAGCAGUCCUACACCUUCCACGCCUACGGCCGCACUGAGGGCAUCGCCGGUAUCAUCAUUACCGACCACGAGUACCCCGCGCUUGUCGCCCACCAGCUGCUUUCCAAGGUCGUGGACGAGUUUCUGAACAAGUACCCGCGCAAUGUCUUCACUGCCUCGGAUGCCGCCUGCCCCAUGCCGGAGCUCAAGGAAUACAUUGUCAAGUACCAGGAUCCCCAGCAAGCCGACAGUAUCAUGAAGAUCCAGAAGGAGCUCGACGAGACUAAGAUUGUGCUGCACAAGACCAUCGAGAGCGUGCUGGAGAGAGGAGAGAAGCUUGACAGCCUGGUGGCUAAGAGCGAUGGUCUUAGCGCACAGAGCAAGAUGUUCUAUACUCAGGCGAAGAAGCAAAACUCCUGCUGCAUUGUCAUGUAA